GUCUUUUAAUAAUUAUUCUUGUUUUCAUCUCAAAUACUGACUCUUUAAAAGUGAAUACUAAUGUCUUCAGGCAAUAAUACAAUAAAUCCUUACCCAAUAACUAAUGGUACACCUAAGGAAGGUACCCGUACUCCAGUUGGCCAACGUUCUCAACCUCCUACCCCAACUUUUCCUCCGAGAAGCAAUAGUGAACAGACUCUGAAAACUCAACUUUCUCAUACUCCUUCUGUAAGAAAGAAAGGUGUGAAAGAUUUUGAAUUUGGUAAAACCCUUGGUGAAGGUUCAUACUCUACGGUUGUUGCUGCUAGAGAUCGUUCAAAUAAUCGUGAAUAUGCAGUAAAAAUUCUUGAUAAGAAGCAUAUAAUCAAGGAAAAAAAAGUAAAAUAUGUUAACAUUGAAAAGAAUACGCUUAAUAAAAUGAAUCAUCCUGGAAUUGUACGACUUUAUUAUACGUUUCAAGAUCCCGAUAGUUUAUAUUUUGUAUUGGAUCACGCGAAAAAUGGCGAACUUUUAACUUUCAUUAAGAAGCUCGGUUCUUUUGAUAUGGAUUGUACUAAAUUUUAUGCUUCUCAAAUUCUUUCAGCAAUAGAAUACAUGCAUUCUCAGGGUGUAAUUCACAGAGAUCUUAAGCCCGAGAACAUAUUAUUAGAUGAAAAAAUGCACGUCAAAGUCACCGAUUUUGGUACAGCAAAAAUAUUAGAACAAAACGCUGAAGGUGAAGAAGACGAUAGGGCAAAUUCCUUUGUCGGUACCGCAGAGUAUGUUAGUCCUGAACUAUUAAAGGAAAAAGCAGCAUGUAAAAGUUCAGACUUUUGGGCUCUCGGUUGUAUUAUAUAUCAAUUGAUAGCGGGACGUCCACCAUUUAAAGGUGCUAAUGAAUAUAGGACUUUUCAAAAGAUUGUCAAUUUAGAAUACUCGUUUCCUGAUGGGUUCCCUCCGGUUGCACGAGAUUUAGUUCAGAAAUUAUUGGUACUGAACCCAUCAGAACGACUUGGUUCUGGUGGUAAAGCUGGUGUUGAACGACUAAAGGCUCAUCCUUUCUUCCAGGGUAUAGAUUGGGAUACAUUAUGGCAACAGCCUGCACCGAAUUUACUUCCAUACCUUCCACCAAAUCCAAAGCAUAAUGACCCAGAGUUUCGAACGCCUACAAAUGCAUAUUUACCCAAACUUUCCGAUAAUAGUGAAGUUAAUGGUAGUCCAAUCGCUACUGGUCUCAGACAAAAUGAUCCAUUUAGAUUAGAAAGUUGGGCAGGUGGAGACGAUUCUUCAGAUAAAGUAGAUCCUGAAAAAGUUAAGAAGUUGGAAGAACAAAAGAGAACAUCUGCUCAGUGGCUUCCAUUUAUUCUUAAAUCCGAACUGAUCAUUAAAACGGGUCCAAUUAAUAAGCGCAAAGGAUUUUUUUCCAAAAAAAGAACACUGAUUUUGACCGAUUUUCCUAGAUUAAUAUAUGUUGAUCAGGAAAAAAAUUCACAAAAAGGAGAAAUAUACUGGAGCUCAAGGAUGGUGGUUGAGUUAAAAAAUAAAAGGAAUUUCUUUAUUCAUACACCUCGAAAAACAUAUUAUUUCGAAGAUCCUAAUAACGCAGCUCACGAAUGGGUUACCAAAAUAAAUGAAUUACUGGUGGCUAAUUAUGGUGAAAUGUUUUAAGAGUGAAAAAAUCCUAAGGAUAAAAAAGGAAACUCUUCUCUGUAUAUUAGUAACUUUUUAUUUAUUUACUUAUUGCUUAUAAGUUAUUAUACCUGGAUGUAUACUGAAGCAUUAAUAGACGAAAGACGUGAUUUUCCAUGAAUGCCAGGCGUAUAUUAUUUAUUCUGAUAGUUAUUUCAUUAUUUUAUUAUCUUUCUUUAAGAUAUA